AUGGAAGAUGCCCCAACCUUAGUUUCAGGCUGGGCACGGCUUCCAAGCAACAUUCUGGAUUUGAUUCUAGAAAAGUUGAUCCCAAUCUCUGACUAUAUCCGAUUUAGUGCGGUUUGCAAGCAUUGGCAAUCAGUCGCUUUACAUAGUAUGAAGCAGCGCAUCAAAUCAUGUCACAAGCAGAUUCCUAUGCUCAUAAUUCCCACCAUACACGGUAGCAGCGAAAGGCGUGGCUUGAAUAGUGUGACACAAGGUAAGACUUGCAGCUUUGAGUUGCAUGUGCCUUACAAUAAAAGGCUCUGCGGUUCUUCCCAUGGUUGGUUGGCCUGUGUGGAUGAGAAUCUGGUAGUUACCCUCUUAAACCCUUUUACCGGGCGUACCAUUAGCCUUCCACCAGUCCCCAAAUCCACUCGGAGAUCGAUGGUAGCUUAUAGAAGUGAUUACUACAUUAAUAAAGUUGUAUUGUCUGCAGACCCUUCUUUUCUUCCUAAUGACUAUGAAGUAUUGGUCAUCUAUGAUGGCUAUGGGAAACAAAUAGCCCAUCUUAAAUCAGGGGAUGAUGCUUGGACUAGCAUAGAUCAAGUGAUCGGAUUCGAUGAUGUAAUUUAUUAUAAAGGCCAGUUUCUAGGUGUUAGUUUGGGUGGGAGAUCUUUGCUGGUUAGGAAGUUCAAACGAGUAAAUUAUUGUAAGAGGUUUAUGAAGUCUCUCAACUUCAAGUUUUUCAAGUUUGAAAGGUUAAAGUUUGAACGAGUAAAUGGUUAUGAUCGUUUUACGGAGACUCUGAGCUUCAGGGUUUUCAAGUUGUUCUGUGCUCAUGGGGAGAGACCCCGAUGGGUUGAGAAUGAAAGUAUUGGAAAUGAAGCUCUGUUUUUGGGUACCAAUCAAUCCAUGUGUGUCUUUGCGCUGGACUUUCCAGGUUGUCAGCCAAAUUCCAUAUACUUCACUGAUGAUUGUGUGGAUGUAGAAUGCCAUAAACCUAAAGGGCCUCAUGACAUGGGUGUCUUCAACUUGGAAAACAGAAGCAUGGGAACACAUUACUGCUUGGAUCGUUCGCAGAAGCACAUGCCACCAGCAAUUUGGAUCUUGCCCUCUAUGGUGUGA